UCAUCACCCGCGUGUAUCUCUAGAAUCCUCCUUUUUCCUUCACAUCUCUCUCUCUCGCGGUCACUCUCUGGAGCACCUCUCAGCCUCUAGGCUUUAGCUCGCCGUCGUCUAUAUGUAGCAAACGAAGCCACCCGCUCUCUCUCUCUCUCUCUGUUUCACAAUUUUCACUCUGUACACCAAAGAUUUUUGUAGGGUUUAAAGUCAAUCUUGAAUCCUAGUGAACCCUAAAUCCUCGAUGAAAACUGCUAAGCUCUUUAAUCAUUGAUCAGGGUUUACUAUUUUGCUCUCAAUCACUGAGAAGCUGAGCUCAAUUUUCAACCCUAGAUAUCACUGGAUUCGUUGCUGAAUGAUUGCGAUAUUCGUUGAAUUUUUAGAGUUUGGGAAUUUCGAUUCCAGUGAAGUGAUAUGAAUUGUUGGAGAAUAUGAGCGAUGGAGGUGGGGAAAGUGUAAGAGACAGUGAACACAGCACCACCACCACCACCACGAAGAGCAAAUCCGACGAUUUUGCCCAGUCAAUCGCAAGAAUUGGCGUAGCUCAGGUAUGCGAGAGUGCUGGGUUUCAGAGUUUUCAGCAAUCGGCGCUCGAUACCUUCUCUGACGUUGCGGUUCGAUACAUCCGCGAAAUUGGAAAAACUGCGAAUCAUUAUGCAAGUUUAGCUGGCAGAACUGAUUGCAAUAUGUUCGAUAUAAUUCAAGGGCUGGAAGAUUUGGGAUCAGUACAGGGUUUCUCUGGCAAUUCGGAUGUUAAUCAUUGUCUUUAUCACUCGGGUACUGUUAAAGAGAUUGUGCAAUAUGUUGGUACAGCUGAGGAAAUCCCAUUUGCAUAUUCGAUUCCCAGGUUUCCAGUUGUUAAAGAGCGAAAGCCAAGCCUGAGUUUUGAGCAAGUUGGAGAAAUGCCUCCAGGUGAUCACAUACCCACUUGGUUGCCCGUAUUUCCUGAUCCCGAGACUUACACAAACUUGCCUUCAGGAAAUGUGAGAGGAGUGGAAUCUCAGGGUGAUAGAAUUGAGAAGGCUAGUGGUCAUAGAAAGGUGGAACCAUCGUUGCUGAAUUUGCAGCAGAGGUUGGCUUCUAAUGGGCCUGAAGCACCAUUAGCUGCUGACCCUGCGGAUGCUGCUAAGGCAAAAAGAGCAUUUGAUACCAACCCAUUUCUUGCAGUCCCUUUGCAAUAUGGGGAGAAGGUAGUGUCUUCAGUUGUUUUGCCCGAUAGACUGCGGGAUGAAGCUGUGGUGCAAAAUAACAAACAUAGAGUGGUGGAAAAUCAUGCUUCAGUGUUGGAGACAUUUGCUCCAGUUAUAGAAGCAGUCAAGAGUGGGAUAAGUGAUUCAGAAGGGGGUAUGAAAAAGGUUCUCUUGGGUAGGAAGCCCACUUUGCAAUUCAAGUUUGGAACCAGCAAGAAGUUCUUGGGUGGGGCAAUGAACCUCCGGAUUGAGGGUGCUCAGAGAGUUGAUUCUUCGUUUGUGAAUGAUAAUGGAAAGGAUGAUAAGAAAAGGAGGGCCGAGCAAAUUCUUAAGAAAUCAAUGGAAGACCCUCAGGAAUUGUCUCAGUUGUAAAUUGGGCCUGUUUGAUUAGAGUUUGUAUACUUGUUUAGGUAACUAACAACAGAUGCUGGUACGGGGUAGUCAAAGCUGAGGAGCAUAGAGUUGUUUGUGUAUGAGCAUUAUGGACUGCUGGAGGUUAUGUUUCCACUUUAACAAAUUUGCAAGGUAUGUAAUUGUAUGCUGGUGUAGUGAACCCUUGUCAUCGAUGAUUCUUUCCAGUUGAAAUUUUUGUUCUCCCCCAUUUCGGGUUAUGUGGUGAUAAUAGAUACAUUGAUGUCUCCUUCUUUGGUGGUUGUGUACCAUUACUUUCCGUGGAUUGCUGAGUAAUGAUGAAUCCACAAACAGUGUUGAUUCAACGUCACAUAAUCAUUGAAGAAUAACUAUAUGUUAUGACA